AUGUCAUUGUUUCAGGUAUAUGUAUCAUUCUUGUUAGCUAUAGCUACCGUAAAUGCCGGAUUCUCCGGUAGUUAUGGAGGCUAUGAAGGCUAUGGUGGUGACCAUGGAGGACAUGACAUCUCACAUACAGUAGAAAUCACCAAACAUGUCCCGAUUCCAGUAUACAAGCACGAGGCGGUCCCUAUUCCACACACCAUCCCAGUUCCAGUUCCCAAGCCAGUCGCAGUACCAGUUCCACAGCCCUACCCCGUCCACAUCAAGGUACCUCAGCCUGUGGCGGUACCAGUGAUCAAGACCAUCACCAUUCCCGUCGAAAAACCGGUACCCUACAAGGUAGAGAAGGAAGUGCCAUACCAUGUGGAGAAACCUAUAGCCGUACCAGUGGAGAAACAUGUUCCGAUCAAGAUUCCCAGACCAGUUCCUGUCAAAGUACCAGUUUAUAAAGUGGUGUACCAUCAUAGCAAACAUCAUUAA